AUGCAAGCAUGCACCGUGCUCUCACCGCGCCAGCAGUAUCGCCCACGACCGGUCCUCAAAGAAAAUGCCACGGGCACGCCGUCGAAGCUCCUCCAACCCGGCACUCCCGGAAGCUCCAUCGAUCGGCUCUCAAGACCCUUCAAAUGUCCAGGCUCGGCUACCCCUACGCGCACAUCAGACAAGCCCAUGAGGAAGAGAAGGAAGGUGAAUUACGCAGGGGCAGACGGAACAGGCGAUGAUGACAACGAAAAGCCGUACACAAACGAGGACCGGCUCGCGCUCGCCACCCGAGACGUGAACAGAUUUCCGGUCUUCAAACCCAAGGACAAGGACACAGCGUUCAGACAGAGGUUCAAGGUGCCUCUGAUUAACAAACAAACUGACAACUAUGGCGCCCGACCAGCCCCGACGCUAGGAAUGAGGCAAGGCGCUACUUUCGUUGUGAAACCGUUGCAUGAUCCGAGUGGAGAAUUCGCCAUAGUGCUCUAUGACCCGACUGUUGACGAUUUGGAAGAAGCAGAGUCGAAGAAAGAGAAGCAAGAGGAUGCAGAGGCCGAGAAGCCUCAACUGGACGAACCACUGGUGCAUAAGAGCUUGGCAGAUAUUCUUGGACUGAAGAAGAAGGUAGAAGACAGACCAAAGGUACCUGUUGUAAUAGACCCACGGUUGGCAAAGGUUCUACGACCACAUCAAGUGGAAGGUGUCAAGUUCUUGUAUCGUUGUACAACCGGGAUGGUAGACAAAAACGCAAACGGGUGUAUCAUGGCUGAUGGCAUGGGGCUGGGUAAAACGCUUCAAUGUAUCUCGUUGAUGUGGACAUUGCUCAAGCAGUCCCCAGAAGCUGGAAAGACAACCAUUCAAAAGUGCAUCAUUGCAUGCCCUUCCAGUCUGGUCGGAAACUGGGCCAAUGAGCUUGGCAAAUGGUUGGGCAAGGAUGCAACCACCCCCUUUGCAGUCGACGGCAAAGCGUCAAAAACGGAACUUAUUGCUCAGUUGAAACAAUGGGCUAUUGCAUCUGGACGAUCAGUCGUUAGGCCUUGCCUAAUUAUCUCUUAUGAGACCCUGCGCUUGUAUGUCGACACAUUGAAGGACACUCCGAUAGGUUUACUUCUGUGUGAUGAAGGCCACCGAUUGAAGAACAAGGAAAGCUUGACUUGGACUGCAUUGAACAAUUUAAAUGUACAGCGCCGGGUGAUUCUGUCUGGUACUCCAAUCCAGAAUGACCUGUCGGAGUACUUUUCACUUCUCCAUUUUGCGAACCCGAAUUUGCUGGGCUCACAGAAUGACUUCAGAAAGAGGUUUGAGUUACCGAUUUUGCGAGGAAGAGAUGCGGCAGGCACAGAAGAAGAUCGAAAGAAAGGAGAUGAACGGCUGGCCGAGCUCUCGGGCAUAGUAAACAAAUUCAUCAUUCGCCGCACGAACGAACUGCUGUCCAAGUACUUGCCGGUCAAGUACGAGCACGUCGUAUUCUGCAACAUGUCUCAGUUCCAACUCGACCUCUAUAAUCACUUCAUCCAAAGCCCGGAAAUCAAGAGCCUGCUUAGGGGCAAAGGGAGUCAGCCAUUGAAAGCUAUUGGGCUUCUGAAGAAGCUUUGCAACCACCCUGAUCUUCUCAACCUCUCUAUGGACCUUCCUGGCUGUGAACACGCAUUCCCCGAUGACUAUGUUCCUCCCGAAGGACGAGGGCGUGACAGGGAUAUCAAGUCCUGGUAUUCGGGGAAGAUGAUGGUCCUUGACCGUAUGCUGGCACGCAUUCGACAGGACACGAACGACAAAAUUGUUUUGAUCAGUAACUAUACUCAGACAUUGGAUCUCUUCGAGAAGCUAUGUCGGUCACGGGGUUACGGCUCCCUUCGCUUGGACGGUACCAUGACGGUGAACAAGCGGCAGAAGCUCGUUGAUAAGUUCAAUAAUCCUGAUGGGGAGGAGUUUGUAUUUCUUCUCAGCAGCAAAGCAGGAGGGUGUGGAUUGAACCUGAUAGGUGCGAAUCGACUAGUCUUGUUUGAUCCCGACUGGAACCCGGCAGCCGAUCAACAAGCUUUGGCUCGUGUUUGGCGUGACGGUCAGAAGAAAGACUGCUUUGUCUAUCGUUUCAUUGCUACUGGCUCGAUUGAAGAAAAGAUUUUCCAGCGUCAGUCCCACAAACAAUUACUCUCUUCGUGCGUUGUGGAUUCUGCCGAGGAUGUUGAGCGACACUUUUCUCUAGAAUCACUUCGCGAGUUGUUUCAGUUCAAACCAGACACUCGAAGCGAUACGCACGAUACUUUUAAGUGCAAAAGGUGUCGACCGGAUGGGACGCAGUACAUCAAAGCCCCCGCCAUGCUGUACGGUGAUACCAGUACUUGGAACCAUUUUGUGAAUGAUGGAGAGACAGGCCACCUCAGCAAGAUUCAGGACCUGCUCAUCCGACAGGAAACUGAGGAGAAAGAGGUCUCUGCAGUCUUCCAGCUCGAGAAGGUCGUUCGCGAAGCAGCUUUUAGAGGAGAGCACGAGGAGAUUCAGAAGAUUGUCGACCAGCUCUGUCACGAUUAUGCCUACGCCGUGCAUCAACCUCAUGCCAGAAAUGGCGGCUUGAUUGGGCUUGCGGCCGCUUCAAUAGCUUUAGGAUCUGAAGGUGUUGCACCUUAUCUGAAGGAGAUUGUACCGCCAGUGUUGGCUUGCUUCUCUGACCAAGAUGCGCGCGUCCGAUACUAUGCUUGCGAGAGCAUGUACAAUAUUGCCAAGGUUGCCAAAGGAGAAAUUCUACUUUUCUUCAAUGAGAUAUUUGAUGCGUUGAGCAAACUUGCUUCCGACUCCGAACUGUCAGUCAAGAACGGUGCAGAGCUCCUGGACCGGCUAGUCAAGGAUAUCGUCUCCGAAUCCGCAGCUUCACAUGUCUCUGUGCUACAGCUCACGGAGAAGCAGCAGACAGAUCCCGACUCAAUAGAGGAUGCAGACCUGCCCACGGCGUUCUCGCUCCCCAAGUUCAUUCCUUUGCUCAAGGAGCGUAUUCACGUCACGAGUCCCUUUACGAGAACAUUUCUGGUCUCGUGGCUAACACUCUUGGACACCAUACCUGACUUGGAGCUGAUUUCAUUCCUACCGGACUUUCUGGGAGGGUUGAUACGGUUUCUCGGAGAUCCCAACCGAGAUGUCAACGUUGCAACCCAGGCGCUUCUAGACCGCUUUUUGUCGGAGAUCAAGAGGAUCGCUCGACUCAAGAAAGGAAUCGAGGAAAGUCGCAAAGAUCAAGGGAGUGAUACUAGGCAAUCGGCUACGAGUGACGGCCUCAGCGUGACAACUACGACCGAUCAGACACUAGCUGUCGAUUCGGAAAUGAAUGAUAAUGCGAUAGAGGAUUCUGAAGUAGAUUCCGUGACGGAUGAAGAUGGAUUCAACGCGGACGGGGACUGGAUCCCUGGCCAAGAUGUUCAGAUUGACUAUGCUAGGAUAUUGGAGAUCCUUGUGGGAUAUGUUGAUACAUCAUUCGUGGAGGAAAUGCAGUUGACGGCUUUGCGUUGGAUCGAUAACUUCUUUGAAAUAAGCCCAGAAGACAUUCUUCCUUUCGUGCCUCGACUUCUGACUCAAGUACUUCCGGCAAUGUCCAGCGGCUCGGAUCAAGUGCGGCAGGCCGCAAACCGAGUGAAUACAUCCCUGCUGGAAUAUAUCGUCACCCUAUCAGAAGACACGUCGGAGGAGACACGUCAAGCAGUGUCCAAGCCCAGUAACACGAACACCAAAGAUUUCGUCACCGAAAGGAGGUCGUCUACGCCGGGAAGUAGGCCCUCUGAAGGCACGUCGAAUGACACCAAGAAGCAGGCAUCACCGCCAGAGGCAUCCACCGAGCCGACUCCAAGGAGCAGUAUUAUCUCAACAUCGGUGCCUCCUGCAGAUCUUGAUUACGCUGCUGCUGUCAACUCUCUUACUCUACAGUUUUUGAACGAGAAUGAGACCACCCGUGUGGCUGCUCUGUCUUGGUUGAUAAUGCUACACCGCAAGGCUCCAAAAAAGGUGAUCGCCUUCAACGAUGGAACGUUCCCUGCUCUGCUCAAAACAUUGUCCGACCCGGCGGAGGUUGUGGUAACCAAGGAUCUGCAGCUUCUCUCGCAAAUCUCUAGGAAUAGCGAGGACAGCUACUUCAAGUCAUUUAUGGUGAACCUACUGCAACUCUUUUCGACUGAUCGCAAUUUGCUUGAAGUUCGUGGAAACCUCAUCAUACGGCAGCUGUGCAUGAACCUCAGUCCUGAGCGUAUUUAUAGGACUCUUGCAGAUUGUCUCGAAAAGGAGGAGGACAUUGAGUUUGCGAGCAUCAUGGUGCAGAAUCUCAACAACAACCUAAUUACCGCACCCGAGCUUUCUGAGCUCCGCAAACGCCUCAGAAAUCUAGACAACAAGGAUGGCCAGGCUUUCUUCGUCGCUCUUUUCAGGUCAUGGUGUCAUAAUGCAGUCUCGACGUUCUCUCUGUGUCUUCUUGCACAAGCCUACGAGCAAGCAUACAACCUCCUUCAAGUCUUCGCCGAACUCGAAAUGACUGUCAACAUGUUAAUUCAGAUUGACAAGUUGGUCCAGCUGCUCGAAUCCCCCGUCUUCACCUAUCUCCGUCUCCAGCUGCUCGAGCCCGAACGAUACCCCUACCUUUACAAGUGCUUGUAUGGAGUCCUCAUGCUCCUCCCACAAAGCUCCGCCUUCGCCGCUUUGAAAAACCGCCUCAACAGCGUCAGCAGCAUCGGACUCCUGCACACCGGCCCCCGACUAACCGCACUUCCCUCCUCCCUGAAUACCAACUCAACCUCCACCUACGACCGCCCCACGGGCAGUAGCCGCCUCAAACGCGAAGACUCCUCCAGCUCAACCUACACCACGACAUCCGUCGUCACCGCGGCCGCAACAUCCUCGAGCACCAGCUCAAUCCGCUGGGUUGAAUUGCUCGACAAGUUCAAAUCCGUACAGGAGAAAGCCCGGCGCGCUCAGCGCGCCUCGCAGCGUCCCCUCGACCACGACGCAGGCGGUCCCUUCGGUGGCGCCGGCGGCGCGUCCUCCUUCCUCGGUGACGGAGGCCACCCCGGUGGCGUCGGCAUGGAUCACCACCGUGGCAAGGACCGUAUUAACAUCGUCGCCGCCAUGCUCCCUGAUGUGCCGAAGGGAGGCCACGGCCUUGGAGGAGGCGGCGUCGGAGGUGGUGCCGGGGGUGGGGACGGGGCGCGCGCAGGUGGGCCCGAUGCCGGGUUGCCUGGUGGUUCGGGGGCUACUGGUGGUAGUGGUGCAAAUGCUGGCGGUGGUGGCUCGGGCCCUGGCGGUGCUGGCGGUGCGACCGGUCGAGCCGCGGCCGGGGCCGGGCACAGGCAUAAAUCCAGCCUGCCGAAUCUGGGGCGUCUGGGGAUCGGGAGCCGGAAGUCGAAACGGUGAUUGUUUCGGG